UACUGGCGGUCUGUUUGUUUUGCCGGAAAAGGACACGCGAAAAAGGAAGCCGCAGUUGGCGUCGCAGGAUAAGAACGAUUUUUUUUUAACUUGAACACGAUGGACGAGGAUCUGGAAUUCCGAGACAUGGUGCUGAAAAAGCUGGAAGAGAGUGGCUCAUUGUUGAGCAUUAAGGCAAAAUUACGCGCUUUGCUGUACCACAUAAUUGAGAACGAACGCCAGUCGGUGGGUGAUCAGCAAAGUAACGAAAGCGACAUCACCUCCAGCAGUACAUUUGAUAAAGGCACCGAAACACAACUGGACAACAAAGCGCUAGCCUUGGAGUUGGUUCUGGAAAUGCUGACGAGUCUGAAUCUGCAGUACACAAAACAGGUGCUAUGCUCGGAAGCCGGCUACACCCGGACCGGUACAGCCACUCGCGAAUCUCUCUCCCGACAAUUGGGCCUGAAGACGACGACGAAUGAUGCUGUUGGUGGUUCUGCGGAAAAUUCCCACGAUCAGCCUCUUUUGGUGACGCUGAUUGAACGGCUGCGAGGAGAAGCUGCCGAAAACAGUUCCGAAAACGAUAGCAUCACCAACGACCAACCUUCCAUCGAACGGGACUGCACGGGCACGGGCACGAGCACAGGCACGAAAACGGAGCACGCCGACACUGCGAGCAAUCAGGACGGGGAGACCAAUCCGUGAAACCGUACGCGACACU